AUGCGCGCAUCAACUAGAAAAUCCAAAUUAGUAAAAGAUUUAAACCUACCAACAAUUCAUAAUAAGUCAACUCCUAAAAGAAAUUUGAGUUCAGGAUAAACAAAUUUAAAAGCAUAAUUUUCGAAAUGCUCAUAAUGUGGUGAAGUCUCUAUACCAGUUUGUUGUGUUAAUUGUUAUAUAUUAUUAUGCAUUAAUUGUGGAAUUACUCAUUCUAAAUAAUAUUAAUCUCAUAAUGUAACAAAUUUUAAGGAAGCAUUUAUUUUACUGUAUGAUGAAGUUAAAAUCUUAGAUGAUAAUAUUAAAAUUAUUAAUUAAAACAUUAAUAAAAAGAACAUCAAUCUUAAGAAUUAGAUUAAUUGUUAAUUAUUUGAGGAUAACUUAUAAAAAAUAUUAUCGUUAAGAAGAUAAGUUGAAUAAUAAAUUUCAAAUUUUUUCGAUAAAAUUUAUAACCAAUAUAUUUGUAUAUGGAAUAACUUCAUAGAAUUAUGGGGAUCAAAUAAAACAUUUUUGGAUAGAUUGAAUUAAUUUUAGUUUAAGAUUGAAUAAUUUUUAUAGAAUGAACUAUAAGAUUAAUUAACAUUAGUUGAAUAAUUAUUUAAAGAGAAAUUAAUAUAAUCAUCUAAAUCCUUAUUGAAUUAAUAUGAAAAAAGAGAGUAACUAUUAUCAAAAGAUGAGAUUUCAACAAUAUAUCCUCCUAGAUUGCUUAUUGAUUUAAAUUGCAUAAUAAAAUAAAAUUUGUAGCUUUUUUAAAUGGUUUAACUUUUAGAUUGGUAUGAAGAUGCUAAAGAAGAAUUAUAUAGCAUAAAAGGAUCUGAUUGGUAGAGUGUACCUUUAAUACCGACUUUUGCAAAAAUUAUGUAUUUGUAUGAUUUAGAAACAUAAGAAUAUUAAAUAGGUGAAUUUUAAGAUUUAAGACAUUAGUAAAUACCUUAAUUUUUGAAAACAGUAUUUUUAAAUGAUGGAACUGCUUAUAUAGUUGGUGGAUCUGAUUCUAAAGGAAAUCCAGUUAGAUCAAUGUUAAAAUGUAAAGAUGGAGACCUAACAAAUUUAGCACCAUUACCAAAAGCUAAAAAUCCAUCUAAUGGAUUAAUUGUUUAUGAUGAAUACAUUUAUGUUAUUGGAGGUCUCAAAAUAAUUGAAGAUAAAUUAUAAUGGACUAAAACUUGUGAGAAAUAUUCUAUUCGAUUAAAUAAAUGGUAUAAUAUUGAACCAAUGAAUUAUCCAAAACCUAAUUAAUCUAUCUAUAGAUUAAAUUAAUAUAUAUAUGCUAUUGGAUUUCAAUAACAUGAAUUCAUAAAUUUUGAAAGAUAUGACAUAAAUGAAGAAAAAUGGAGUUUAAUUACUCUAUCUAAAACUUCAUUAAAUCCAUUUUUAUUUGGAGGAGGAUUUUCUUCUAUAUAAAUUAAUUAAUUUUAAGCUUUAUUAUUUGGAGGAAAGUAAUGGAGAAGAAAAUUCAUUGAUGAUGAAAGAGAAUUUUAUUAAGAUGAUGAAAUUAUUAGAACUGUAUUUUGUUAUGAUUCUAUUUAAAACUCUUUUAUUAGUUUAGGAGAUUGUUUACCAGGAACAGGAGUAUCUUAUGGAGAAUUUUAACCUAUCUGUUAUAAAGAUAAAAUAUUACAUUUUGAAGCUCCUAUUUCAAAAUAAAGAAAACUACAUUAAUGGUUAUAAAUUAUUAAUGUAGUUUAAUUUUAAUUUGUAAAUCAAGUCUUAGAAACUGAAAUCAUAUAAAUUUUAACUCCAGAUUGA